ACAUGACAUUUUAUUCAAAACAUUAGGCAAGCAUGCUUGCUUGCUAAAUGCUAAACGCUGUAUAUUAUAGAUGAUACAGAGUAAUAUACUCUCAAAAUCUGUCUGUUAGCUAAAAUGGAAAAUGCAUUUAUCCAAUGGAAGAAACCAUGUCUAAACAACAUAACUUAGAUGUCAGCAAGAAGGGAGGACAUCUCACAUAUUGUUUCUGCCAUAAACAACUCAGCCUAUUAUUUCACCACCAGCUCCUGUUCUGGAAGGAUUCUUCUCAUAGAUGGGCACUCUUUGGCAAUAAACUCUGGCUUUAGAAACUCUGGAUUGACUGUAGACAAGAAGGGCAAAAUCAUAACGGCAGUCCGAAGUACCCAUGGUCUGGAGGUUCCACUGAGCCACAAAGGACAGGUUCUGGUGAAGGAGGACUACAUCUACUUCCUGGUGGAAGUAGCCAAUCAGAAAAUGGAGGAAAAUGUCAAACAAAUUCAGAGGUUCUACAAGUGGCUACAGUCUGCUUUCCAACCAGCUGAACCUCAAAGCCCAAGUAGACAGGAGACGGAGGAGAAAUCUGUUUACAAGGAACGGAGGAAAAGAGGACAGACAGACGUUUAAACAGACACUCAGACAGACGCCUGUCAAGACAACAGAGACAUUAAUCCAGUUGAGCUUGAGGACUGCUUGGGUAGUGGGCUGGAUCUGUUCACAUAGACAAAUCAAAUCAAAUACAUUUGUAUUUGUCACGUGCUUCGUCAACAACGGGUGUAGACUUAACAGUGAAAUGCUUAC